AUGGAUGAAGCAGGUAUAAUGGAGGGUCAGGGUCUUAAUGGACUAGUAGUAGGAAGCACUGAUCGAAGAUUUAUUCAAAAAAAGCAACCUGGAUCUCGAAUUUGGACCUCUUUUAUAGAAUGCAUUUCAGCCAAUGGAAAAAGCAUUACUCCCCUUGUAAUAUAUAAGGGAAAAUCAGUUCAACAACAAUGGUUUCCAACAGAUUUGACUCUAUUCAAGGAUUGGAACUUUACCGCUACAGAAAAUGGAUGGACUACAGAUGCUACAGCUUUAGAAUGGCUGAAAAAGAUCUAUAUCCCUCAAACUACCCCUAUUCAGCCGGAAAAUUCAAGACUCCUCAUUUUGGACGGACACGGAAGCCAUGAAACUACAGCAUUUAUGUUAGAAUGCUUUAAUAACAACAUAUAUCUCUUAUUUCUCCCACCACAUACGUCACACGUACUACAACCACUCGAUUUAUCUGUGUUCUCACCCCUAAAAAGUGCAUAUCGAAUCGAACUUAAUAAAUUAAGUCUAUUAUCCGAUUCCUCACCAAUUGGAAAGCGCAAUUUCCUUUCUUGCUAUCAGAAGGCUAGAAUAGAAGGUUUAACUAUUCAAAAUAUCAAGUCUGGGUGGCAAGCUAGUGGUCUUUGGCCCAAAAAUAUGGCUAAACCUCUUAUGAGUCGACUUUUGCUUGAAAAUAGCAAUAGAGAGGUUUUAUCACUUAAUCCUGAAUCUGAUGAUGAUCCUAUUCUUCAAUGGAAUAUAUAUUCAUCGUUUAUUCAAUGGAAAACCCCUCAAAAAGGAGCCGAUAUCAGAAAAUAUAGAGAUAUAAUGAUUCAAGAGAAGGAGAUCGAUUUGCCAACACGAAGAUUACUAUUUCGCAAGAUUAUAAAAGGAUUCGAUGCUAAGGAUUAUGAACUCUUAGAGGCAGAGAAUAAGAUUAGAAAGCUAGAAUAUCAAUUAGAUGAAGCAUUACCUAGAAAAAGGCGAAAGGUUGUGGUAUCUCCAAAUUCGAAGUUCGCAGGGAUUAGAGCUAUAAGGCGUACACAAAUUGAAGCUGGAGAUCGUGAAGAUGAGGUAGAUGAUAGCUCUAGUGCUAUAGAAAGUGAUUCUACAGGCGAUUUCAUUGAAGUUCAAUAG